CUAACUACUAAACUAACACAUUGCGGCGAAUGUCAAACAUAAUAACAACAACAAAUUUACUAAUUGGAUUGGAGUUCUAUUAAAGAUUCAAGGACAAUUUAAGGACCAGGUUGUUAAAGUUUUUAAGUAAAUAGAAAUUAGCAGAGCACCUGAGCAGUCACCAAUUGUUCCGCACUUUGAAAUUGGUCAAGUAACCCCCUCCCAACACCGCUACUUUAUAACCAAAUAAGUCCAUAGUUGCACCAUUAAUACUUGCAACUCUAACCGCAACAACAAUCUAGCAACACAACAAUCAUUAACCCCCUAAAAUCUCAAAUAAUCUCACUUAAAUUCACCUCUCUUUCCAAGCAGCAACGUUGCAUAACCACUUUUAAUAAUGAUUAGCGUUCUUUUUAUUGCCAAUAGACUAUUUAGCAGUAUGGCUAAACGAGGACCCAGACCGGUAGUUGUAUGUGGACCUUCGGGUUCUGGUAAAAGUACUCUGCUGAAUAGGCUAUUCGCUGAAUAUCCCAAUACCUUUGGCUUCAGUGUAUCGCACACAACGCGUAAACCCCGGGCCGGCGAAGAGGAUGGUGUUCACUAUAAUUUCGUGAGUCACGAGGAAAUGGAACAGGCCGUUGCCAAUGGUGAAUUUAUAGAGUCGGCUACGUUUAGUGGCAACAUGUAUGGCACUAGCAAGGAGGCAGUGCGUAAGGUACAAAAUGCCGGCAAAGUUUGUAUUUUGGAUAUUGAGCCUCAAGGUGUGGAGCAGGUAAAGAAGACCGAUUUAAAUCCUAUUUUAAUCUACAAUAACCCACCUUCUGUGGAGGCCUUGGAGCAACGUUUGCGCAAACGUAACACCGAAACCGAGGAAACUUUGAAGAAACGUUUAGAUGCUGCUGCCUCUGAAAUUGCCUAUGGUCUGACACCUGGUAAUUUCCAGAAAAUUAUCCAUAACAUUGACAUUGAUCAGUCCUAUGAGGAGUUCCGCGAAUUUAUUGUGGCUGAAUUGAAGGCUCAAGAAGCUGCUGGCAUUACCAUAGCUUGGUAAUGAUAGAAACCUGUAUACAUACAAGGGAACUCCAAUGCAUUUUCGUUCCGGUAUUUUAAGUUUAAAGGAAUAUAACUAUAGUCAAAUCAUCAUUGUUGGUGGCAACGUUUUUUAGUUUAUAUUCAAUAACUAUUUAUUUCAUGAUUUUUUUUUUUUUGAUU